AAUCAAAUUAUUAGAUAUAUCAAUAUUUAAUAACAAUGGCAUAUUUAUUUCAACCGGAGUACGUUAAAUAUGUUUGCAGUUGUGGAUGUUUGAAACCAAUUUCUAAAAUUUAUUUUUGUCGUCAUUGCUUAAAAAUUCGAUGUGGUUACUGUGUUUGUCAAGAGGUGGACUCACAUUAUUGUCCGAGUUGUUUGGAGCAAUUACCGACAUUGGAAGCUCGUAUUAAAAAAAACAAGUGUUUCAAUUGUUUUGAUUGUCCUUGUUGUCUUCAAACUCUAUCAGUUCGAUUAGGACAUGCUUUAAUAAAACAAACACCAUCAACAACAGAAGACUCAAAGGCGCCUCCAAAAAAAGUUUACUAUCUUUUUUGUUCCCUAUGUCGAUGGAGUUCUAGAGAUGCUGGUAUUCCUGAUCAAAAUAUUGCAACUGGUAGUUGGCCGGAACAGGAAAAUCCACAUACAAAUAGAAUUAACAGUUUGAUUGAUUAUCAUAAAGCUUUGGCGACUAAGGAGAAACAACAACGUGAUAAAAAGAAAAAACACACAUUUUUACAAUUUGGGAAAUUUGGUUUAACAUCUGCAAUGGCUCAUAAGCGAGUUGGUAGACCUCCUUUAUCUGAGCCGAAAUAUCAAGAAAGUAAUCGACCAGAAGCUGCCUUGGCAAUUGAAAAUGUUGAUGAAUUACCAGACAAUAUUUUUACCGAGCCUGUUGAUAUUACAAAAAUCACAACAAUCGAGCAACGUCUUUAUCAUCCUGAAGUACAAGCGGAAACAAUAAAUAAAUUACGUCCUCAACAUAAACAAUUUUUAGUAAAACGAUCACAACGUUGUCGUACUUGUGAGCAUAAUGUCAGUAAACCCGAUUUUUUGUCUCACUCGACAAAAUUUAAAAUUCAACUUGCUGCCUUUUAUCACGUACCGGAAGUACGAAUUGUAACUUGUGAACCAUUGCGUAUUGGAAAAACAAGUGAAUUAUUAUUAAAAUUUUGCAAUCCUACACAACAUCAGAGUCAAAUUAUUUUAUUUACCGUUGACACUGACACAAUACCAACAACAAUAACAACAACUGGCGAGAAAGUUGUUGUCAAACGUGAAACAAUGCAACUUGGUACAGAAUCUCCAAAUUUGCUUCCAUCGGCAGUUCGACAGAUAAUUGUAACUGAAGAUCCAAUACCGAUAAAAAUUAAACCAAACGCCGAAUUAACAUUACCGCAUAGUGCUUUAAUUCUUCCACCUCGUGAUGAUGCCGCCGAAUAUGAUGAUACUGGAGAUUCACAUAAUUUUCAAGACGAUCCAAAAUUGGUUGUUUGGCGAAAAGGAAACAAAGCAGUUGUAAGAUUACUCGUUACUCCAAGUCCGAGUGAAAUGAAUGAAGCAGGAAAUCCCAUUAUCAUAGGAUUCGUAAUGCAAUACGGAUACGUGAAUACAAUUGCAACAUUGGAGCAUAAAGCACCACAAAAACUUGAUUUACGAGCAAAAUUAUUUUUAACAGUUGGAAAUCUACAUGGAUCAACAUGAAUUUAAAAAAAUAUUUAUCAAUAUUAACUAACAUUUGUUAUUUUAGUUAAUCAAAUAAUCAUAAUAUAUUAGUUAUAGAAAUUAAGAAUGUACGUUAUUUUAUAACAUUAAAUUAAAAUGUAUUAAUGACAAA